GAGGAUUUCUGGAGAUAUAAGCAGGAACCUCCUCUGUCACUUGUUGGCACUGGGGCUGUGGAUCUUCUGGUGAAGAAGGACUGAUGAGUCCCCCUUGGCUGGUAGUGUGAAGUCAUGGCUAUCCUGUUCGCUGUUGUGGCAAGGGGCACGACCAUCCUUGCCAAACAUGCCUGGUGUGGAGGAAACUUCCUGGAGGUGACUGAGCAGAUCCUGGCGAAAAUACCAUCUGAAAACAACAAACUGACCUAUUCACAUGGGAAUUAUUUGUUUCAUUACAUCUGCCAAGACAGGAUUAUAUACCUCUGCAUCACAGAUGAUGACUUUGAACGAUCCAGAGCCUUCAACUUCCUGAAUGAAAUCAAGAAGAGGUUUCAGACCACAUAUGGCUCAAGAGCACAGACAGCCCUUCCCUAUGCAAUGAACAGCGAGUUCUCAAGUGUCUUAGCUGCGCAGCUGAAAUACCACUCGGAGAGCAAGGGCACCGACCAGGUGGCAGAGACGCAAGCUCAAAUCGAUGAACUUAAAGGAAUCAUGGUUCGAAACAUAGACCUUGUGGCACAAAGAGGAGAGAAGCUGGAGUUGCUGAUUGAUAAAACAGAGAAUCUUGUGGAUUCGUCAGUCACUUUCAAAACGACCAGCAGGAGCCUCGCUAGAGCCAUGUGUAUGAAGAACCUCAAGCUUACCAUUGUCAUCGUCAUUGUAUCAAUUGUUAUCCUCUAUAUCAUCCUGUCGGUUGCCUGCAGUGGGCUUACAUGGCCAAGCUGUGUGCAGAAGUAACUGGAGGCAGCUGGUGCUGGUCACUUGGAGAUGAGAAUCACAGGAGUGUGAAGAAGCAACCUACAGAAUAACUCUUAAUCUCUCACUACUGACACCUUCUCAUUCUUCCAUCCCUCCAGGACUUCAGACUCUGCCUUAUCACCCCAAACAGGCCCAGCUGGUCACUGCUCCUGUGCAGCAGUAACCUUGAGAAUGGGCUGUUUUAAAUUACUUG